AUGGGAAGAUUCAAUACCAGUUCCAGAGAGGGCUUCAUUUUGGUGGGCUUCUCAGAUUGGCCUCAAUUGGAACUCAUCCUUUUUAUCUAUAUUUUUAUGUACUUCUUCCUCUGCCACCUCUCCUUCCUGGACCUCUGCUACACCACCAGCACUGUGCCCCAGCUUCUAAUCAACCUUCUGGGACAUGACCACACUAUCACCUAUGACAGGUGUGUGGCCCAGCUCUUCACUGUCCUUGCCCUGGGUUCCACUGACAGUAUGCUCUUGGCGGUGAUGGCCUUUGACUGCUAUGCUGCUGUGUGUCGUCCACUCCACUACAUGACCAUUAUGCACCCUCGUCUCUGCUUUUCACUGGCCAUUGCUUCCUGGUCAGGAGGCCUUGUGAACUCACUGAUUCAGACAGGUCUCAUGAUGGCCAUGCCUCUCUGUGGCAAUCAUCUGAAUCACUUCUUCUGUGAGAUGCCUGUAUUCCUGAAGCUGGCUUGUGAGGACACAGGAGGAACUGAGACCAAGAUGUUUGUGUCCCAAGCUAUCAUCUUGGUCUUUCCUGCAGCACUAAUUCUAGGCUCUUAUGCCCACAUUGCCAAGGCUGUGCUGAAGGUCAAGUCAAUGGCUGGACGCAGAAAAGCUUUUGGGACUUGUGGCUCCCACCUCCUGGUGGUGUCUCUAUUUUAUGGCUCAACCAUCUACACAUACCUCCAGCCUAUUGGUAGUUAUUCUGAGAGUGAGGGAAAGUUUGUUGCCCUUUUUUAUACUAUAAUCACCCCCAUGCUCAAUCCUCUGACUUAUACCCUGAGGAACAAGGAUGUGAAAGGGGCUCUAUGCAAGAUGCUAAGGAGAGGUAGAGAUUCAUGGUAG